CAAGGGUGGAAGCAAGUCCUGCAGGGAGAGAGGCUCUGCUGCUCCAGCUGCUGCCUCCGCCGCUGCCACCAGCGAGCCGGCGUCCAGAGGGGGGCCGGCAGGCCGGCGCGGAGACGGGGAGCGAGGGGCGCGCUCAUGGAGCACACGCACGCCCACCUCGCAGCCAACAGCUCGCUGUCCUGGUCCCCCUGCGGCUUGGGCUUCGUGCCCGUGAUCUACUACAGCCUCUUGCUGUGCCUCGGUUUACCAGCCAACAUCCUGACAGUCAUCAUCCUCUCUCAGCUGGUCGCCCGGAGGCAGAAGUCCUCCUACAACUACCUCCUGGCCCUGGCGGCUGCCGACAUCUUGGUCCUCUUCUUCAUCGUGUUCGUGGACUUCCUGCUGGAAGAUUUCAUCUUGAACUUGCAGAUGCCCCAGGUACCUAACAAGGUCAUAGAAGUGCUAGAAUUCUCCUCCAUCCACACCUCCAUCUGGAUCACGGUGCCGCUCACCGUCGACCGCUAUAUUGCCGUCUGCCACCCGCUCAAGUACCACACGGUCUCCUACCCAGCCCGCACCCGGAAGGUCAUCGUGAGCGUCUACGUCACCUGCUUCCUGACCAGCAUCCCCUACUACUGGUGGCCCAACAUCUGGAAGGAAGACUACAGCAGCACAUCCAUGCAUCACGUCCUCGUCUGGGUUCACUGCUUCACUGUGUACCUGGUGCCCUGCUUCAUCUUCUUCACCUUGAACUCCAUCAUCGUGUACAAGCUCAGGAGGAAGAGCAACUUCCGCCUCCGUGGCUACUCCACGGGGAAAACCACUGCCAUCUUGUUCACCAUCACCUCCAUCUUUGCCACGCUCUGGGCCCCCCGCAUCGCCGUGAUUCUCUACCACCUCUACGGGGCGCCCAUCGAGAACCUCUGGCUGGUGCACAUUGUGUCAGACGUCGCCAACAUGCUGGCCCUUCUCAACACGGCCAUCAACUUCUUCCUCUACUGCUUCAUCAGCAAGCGUUUCCGUUCCAUGGCGGCCGCCACGCUGAAGGCUUUCUUCAGGUGCCAGAAGCAGCCCGUUCAGUUCUACACCAACCAUAACUUUUCCAUAACAAGUAGCCCCUGGAUCUCGCCGGCCAACUCACACUGUAUCAAGAUGCUGGUGUACCAAUACGACAAAAAUGGCAAACCUAUAAAAGUGUCCCCAUGACCCCAGAGGUGUGGCACCCCGUGCCUCUGUCUAAUCCAUUUCGAAACGGGAGGGUGGCCCCACCUAAGGCUGA